CAGUUCAGUUCAGUUUUAGUUACCGCACGGCAAAAGCGUCGCUGCUCCGCACAAAUUUAUUUUUAAAAACAAACCAAACAAACGCAGCCCCAAACAUAGCGGCGCUAGCGUCGUUACCAUCGAUUCAGUUCCUCCAGACUGCAUAGACCCUAACCUCAAAUCAGCUGUUGCAUACAAUUGACAUCGUGCGAAGCGCGUCCAGCGAAGACAAUAAUAACAACAAGAACAAUGGCAGCAAAAGCAAUACACAAAAUGGACAUUCAAACGCUCUGCAAUGAAUGGGAUGAGCUCAAUCGUGAAUAUGCAGAGCUUGAGGAGUGCAACAGACGCAACAUUGAGCUGCUGGAGCAGCUGCAUCAGCAUCAACAGAAAUGCUUUAACGAGAUCAAGCAUCAGCGAUAUCGUAUGAAUCAAAUAUCAGCCUCAAUACGACAAUAUAAAGGACCGAUUGAAGGCGAGGAGAAGGAGAAAUUGGACAAUCUGUUAAAGAUGUCGCUCAAGCGAAAGGCGCAAUUACAUGAAAUAGAGCAAUCGCUGCCAGCACGAUCCGGUCGCUAUCUACAGAUAAUACUAGGCGAUGUGAAUGUCUCGAUUCUGAACAGAAACGACAAAGUUCGCUACAAAGAUGACUAUGAAAAGUUUAAGCUAAUACUCAAUGUGAUUGGACUGAUAAUGGCAUUCUUCAACUUGAUAUUCAACUACAGGUGAGUAGAUACUCAGAUACAGA